AUGCGUCUUACUCUCAUCACGCACCUUCGUAUUGUCAUGCUUAUCCGUCGCCCUAGUAUCCCUUUCUAUCCUAGCCUCCUUGCCCUUACUUUCCUCACCUUUUCCACUCUCCACUGCGUCCCACCUCUCCUUUUCUCCUUUACCUUCAAUUUCUGUUUUCCUUCCUUUUCUCUUACCUCCUUUUCUCUUACCUCCUUUUCUCUCCUCUCCUUUUCUCGUCUCUCAUUCCCUCUCCCCUCCUCUCGUCUCUCCUUCCCCCUUGUCUCCUGCUCAUUCCUCUCUUUUAAAACCCUCUCCUUAUCUCUCCUCUCGUUCUCCCUCCUCUCCUUCUCUUUCCUUUCCCUCUCCCUCCUCUCCUUCUCUUCACUUUCCCUCUCCUUCCUCUCCUUCUCUUCUCUUUCCCUCUCCUUCCUCUCCUUCUCUUCCCUUUCCCUCUCCCUCCUCUCUUUCUCUCCCCUUUCCCUCUCCCUCCUCUCCUUCUCUUCCCUUUCCCUCUCUCUCCUCUCCUUUUCUCCCCAUUCCCUCUCCCUCCUCUCCUUCUCUCCCCUUUCCCUCUCCCUCCUCUCCUUCUCUCCCCAUUCCCUCUCCCUCCUCUCCGUCUCUUCCCUCUCCUUGUCCCUCCUCUCCUUCUCUCCCCUUUCGCUCUCCCUCCUCUCCUUCUCCGCCCUCUCUUGCACGUGA